AUAUGCAGAGGGCCUGCCAGUUCUUCAAAAGCUCCAGGUUUUUUUUUUUUUAACUUUCCAAAAUUCCUUCAUUCAUCCCCGAGUCCUUCAGUGUACGUGCGAGGAGGCAUGGCCAUCUCUUUCUGACACAAGGAGCAAAGACACGAAGCAACAUGGCACUGCGUGGCGCGGAGCCGCGGCUCAUCGCGUGUGUUUUUGUGGGACUUCUCGUGGUCCUCCGGGCGCAGUACGAAAAAUAUAGUUUCAGGAGCUUCCCCGCCAAUGAGUUAAUGCCACUGGAGAGCGCCUACGGCUAUGCACUGGACCAGUACCAGGCUCAGAACUGGAAGGAGGCUAUCCGUUACCUGGAGAGCAGCCUGCGACUCCACAGGUUAUUGAAAGACUGCCAAGCGUUCUGCCACCAGAACUGUAGCUCUGCAGGGCGCCAGGAGGAGAUCCAGUUUACCGACUCCGAGCUACGGGUCUUCAGCCACGUCCUCCAGCGGGCGUCCUGCUUGAAGAAAUGCAAAAGCAGCUUUCCAGUUUUCUCUGUCACGCAGCCCAGGAAGGAGAUCCUAGACGCGUUUGAAGCCCGGGUCCCCUACCGCUAUCUUCAGUAUGCCAACUUCCAGGACAGCAAUCUGGAAAAAGCUGUCUCUGCAGCUCACACAUUUCUACAGAAAAACCCUGAGGAUCCCAUGAUGUUGAAGAACAUGAAUUACUUUAAGACAUUGUUUGAUGUGGAGGAAUACCUGAUUGACUUGGAAGAGCGCCCAUAUGAGAGUCUAUUCAUCAAAUCAGUUAAGCUGUACAACACUGGGGACUUCAGCAGCAGUGUGCGUGACAUGGAGCAGUGUCUUGUGGAAUACUUCAAGAGCUAUGAGCUUUGCCUGGCUGGCUGUGAAGGUGCUUAUGAGGUGAAGGAAUUUAAGGAUUUCUACCCAGCAGUGGCAGAUCACUAUGCAGAUACCCUCAAGUGCAAAAUAAAAUGUGAAAACAGCCUAGUCCCCAACGUGGGAGGCUUCUUUGUGGAGAAGUUCGUGGCCACCAUGUUCCACUAUCUUCAGUUCUCUUAUUACAAAUUGAAUGAUAUUAAAAAUGCUGCCCCCUGUGCAGCUAGCUAUUUGCUCUUUGACCCCAGUGAUGAGAUCAUGUUACAGAACAUGGUGUAUUACAGAUUUUACCGGGAGAAGUGGGGCCUUGACGAUGAUCAUUUUAAGCCGAGGACGGAAGCAUUGAAAUAUUUCAAUGUAACCACUAUGCAAAGGCAGAUGCUGGAAUUCAUAAAGAACUACAUGCAAUCAGACGAUGAGGGAGUGGUGAGCCCCGAGAUGUCAUCUGUGCCACCUGUUGAGUCUCCAGAUGCAGAGUUUGAUGGUCUUGGAGACUAUGAAGAAUCCUUAUAUUCAGUAUGGUGGCAAGAACCCAAAUCGAAAGGCGAUACAGGGGAACCAGCUUAAUGAUACCCUCAGUUUUAUUUAUCACACCAACCAGCAGGAUUAAAUGGAAAUUCCCAAGUGACUGAUACUUCCAUUAUAAGCCUCUCAAAGAAUCAGCAAGGACAACAAGACAUUACAAAGCACUGAAAUAGGAACAUUCAAUUAUGUUUAGAAAAUGACAUAGCAUCUGUCUACACUUGGGCAAGACACUUCUUUUCAGUAGGGCAGCUUUUCAGAAAAUGAUUCUCUAAAACCUCCUGCCUGUAACUGUUCUGUUUAGAUUAAGCAAACAGACCUAGUACCAAGUCUUUCAAACAUGGCUACAGUACAUGAUGUAUGCCACUUCACUCUUCCAGAUGCUAGCUUGAUUCCUUCCUUCUUUCCUUCCUUUAUCUGGCAUGGGUCUAUGCUGCAACCACUAAACCAAAUUGUACAGCUAAUAUAAAUGUUAUAUUGUGGCCUUCCACUUUAAAAGCAUAAAAAAGGAGGAAUUGCCUUGAAAACAGUGUGAACCUGUUUUUUUACUACGAUUUUCCUUUAUGCCAUUUGUUCCUCUUGAAACUAAUCAAUGUAAAUAAACUGCUAUGUACAGAAAGCAUAGAUAUUCAUGUUGUAAAUAAAAACUGUGACGUCCAUAAAUAAAACAAAAAAUAAACCA